AUGCAUUGCGCGGCCUAUUGUUCUGCAACCGGUGGCCGCUGCCUUUGGAUGCAAACCUAUUUUGAGUGCUCCUGCAAAUAUCUCUUUUGGUGUCGUAUCCACAAGGCCGUUCAAGUAAUCUCGCUGCAACUCUCCGAGCUACCGACGCCAAUUUUGAUAAUAGUCUUAACGGUGAUACUGGUGGCUAUUUCUUUGCUGGUUGCGAUCAUGAUCUGUAUCGUC